AUGAGAACCAAAGCAAACAACAAAAGCAGGUUGAUGAGAUUCAUUACACUGCCCAUUCAGGCUCUGAGAAAAGCUAGGGACUUGUAUGUCCGAACUAUUACAGACUGUGCUGGAACUGGAAGAAGGGUCAGUUAUGCCAGGUCCACGGGUGUUCCUUCUGGGCAAUUCUCUUCCUUACCAAAGAGCUUCAGUGUUGUUAGCUCAUCGAGGCCCAACAAUGACGCUGAGGAUCUCAGAGAGCUCAUCAGAGCUGCCUCCGCCAGGAGUUUGGGCAAUAGGGUUGACAUGGAAUUGUACAUGCAACACCAGAUCUUGACAAGGUCAACUGCGGUGGCGGGCAGCGGGGUGCGGAGGAGACGCAGUUUUGGUUUGAGUAGGAUCGAUGAAGAUAGCCCUUGUGAUUAA